GAGAGAGAGUGAGACAGCGACAGGCUGAUGGGAAUUAACUGUUCGUCAGAGGUCUGGACUUGAAAACGUUACGAUGGGGAGUAAUGACUGAAACAAGCUCGGGUUCUCUGCCUCCCCAGUGUCUUCCUUCCCUCGGCUGCCUCUGAAGCCAUGGACUAGAGCACCGUCUGGUCCUGACAGUCCCACGGUCAUCAGAUGGCUUCUCAACAAACCUCAGUGAAAAUACAGAAAAUGAGAACGUGAAGGCUGGCGUCCACCAAGGCCUCCGCUGCACCCUGGGCAGCGCACACACAUGAUCACAUGACUCUGGACAUGGACGCGGUCCUGUCAGACUUUGUUCGGUCCACAGGGGCAGAACCGGGUCUGGCCAGAGACCUGCUGGAAGGUAAAAACUGGGACCUCAGUGCUGCUCUGAAUGACUAUGAGGAGCUCAGGCAGGUCCACACUGCCAACCUGCCGCAAGUCUUCAACGAGGGACGCUACUACAAGCAGCUGGAAACACGUGACACACCCACCCAUGUCAGCAAGAUCGAUAGGCCGUGUGCACAGAAGCAGGAGGACAAUGCACAAGAGAAGCGUCUGUCCCGCGGGAUCUCGCACGCCAGUUCUGCCAUCGUCUCCCUGGCACGGCUACAUGUGGCCAGCGAGUGCACCAGCGAGCAGUUCCCUCUUGAGAUGCCAAUCUACACAUUCCAGCUGCCGGACCUCAGCGUCUACAGCGAGGAUUUCAGGAGCUUCAUAGAGAGAGACCUCAUAGAGCAGUCCACUAUGAUGGCUCUGGAACAGGCUGGUCGUCUGAACUGGUGGUCCACCAUGUGCACCAGCUGUAAGAAGCUGCUUCCCCUAGCCACCACAGGGGAUGGGAACUGCCUGCUGCAUGCUGCCUCUUUAGGGAUGUGGGGCUUCCAUGACAGAGAUCUAAUGUUGAGGAAGUCUCUGUACACCAUGAUGAAGAGCGGAGCUGAGAGAGCAGCUCUGAAGAGGAGGUGGAGGUGGCAGCAGACCCAGCAGAACAAAGAGUCAGGGCUGGUGUACACUGAGGAGGAGUGGGAGAGAGAGUGGAAUGAGCUGCUAAAGUUGGCCUCCAGUGAACCACGCACUCACCUCAGCAAGAACGGGAACACCAGUGGAGGGGUGGAUAACUCCGAGGACCCGGUCUAUGAGAGUCUGGAGGAGUUCCAUGUGUUUGUGCUGGCCCAUGUGUUGCGCAGGCCAAUUGUCGUGGUGGCUGACACUAUGCUCAGAGACUCGGGAGGAGAAGCGUUUGCUCCCAUCCCGUUUGGAGGGCUUUAUCUGCCACUGGAGGUGCCUCCAAGUCGCUGCCACUGCUCCCCACUGGUCUUGGCCUAUGACCAGGCUCACUUCUCCGCCCUGGUGUCCAUGGAGCAGAGAGACCAGCAGCGUGAGCAAGCUGUUAUCCCUCUGACCGACUCGGAGCACAAGCUGCUGGCACUCCAUUUUGCUGUGGACCCUGGGAGGGACUGGGAGUGGGGAAGGGAUGACAAUGACAACGCCAAGCUCGCCAAUCUCAUCCUGUCUCUGGAGGCCAAGCUCAAUCUGCUGCACAACUACAUGAAUGUAACAUGGAUCCGAAUUCCAUCUGAAACAAGGGCUCCCCUGGCUCAGCCAGAGUCUCCCACAGCCUCUGCAGGUGAGGAUGUCCAGUCUCUAGCUGAGUCCAUGGACUCUGACCGUGAGUCUGUCGGCAGCAACUCCAACGUCAACACUGGCAAGCCCUGCAAAGAGAAGGACAAAGACAAGCAGCGCAAGGACAAAGACAAGAACCGGGCUGAUUCUGUGGCCAACAAGCUCGGUAGCUUCAGCAAAACCUUGGGAAUCAAGUUGAAGAAAAACAUGGGAGGUCUGGGUGGCCUUGUGCACGGCAAAAUGAACAAAUCCACCUCUGGCUCAGGUCGUACCGGGGAGAACGGAGGGGAGAAGGUGAAGAAGAAGGAGUCUAAGACGACCAAAGGAAGCAAGGAGGAGUCAGGCCAGUCGGCCAGCUCCACCUCUUCUGAGAAGGCCACCAGCCCCUCCCCUACAGACAGAGACAGGCCCUCGAGCUCCUCCCCCACUGAAAGGCAGGACAGUGCUGGGAGAGUCUCAGGGGACAAGAGCCUGGAUAACUGGAAAUACAGCACUGAUGUCAAGCUCAGCCUCAACAUCCUGCGGGCUGCCAUGCAGGGGGAGCGCAAGUUCAUUUUUGCAGGCCUCCUCCUCACUAGCCAUCGACAUCAGUUCCAUGAGGAGAUGAUCAGCUACUACCUGACCAGCGCCCAGGAACGCUUCAGCCAGGAGCAGGAGCAGAAGAGGAGGGAGGCUGAGAAGAAGCCGCCCAUCACAAACGAGGCAGUCACAAAGAAACCAGAACAUGACAGUGUCUUCCAUAGGGAGAGGUCGGACAGCUCGCCCCCAGAGAGCUGCUCUCCAGUGCUUCCCCACCACACCCACACUUACAACCACAGCCACAGCUCACAGCCCCCGCCAGGCCUCAAGAUGCAGGGCAGGAACAGCCCUACUCCUGCAGCCCCCCUUGCCUCAGUCCCUGUCGCACCUCCCACCCCACCCACAGCCACCCACCACACCUCUCACCCAGCCCCAGCCCCUGCGCCUUACUCCUCUCCCAGUAUUGGUGCUAAGCGACCCGGGCCCGUCCCUGUGUCUGCCCACUACAGCCAUACACCGCCCAUCCAGAGGCACAGCGUGAUUCACUUACGAGAUGUCAACGUGCAAUCCUCCAGCUUCCAGGACGACCCGCAUAAGCCUGUGGUGGGCACCCUAAAGACGUGUGCCACCUAUCCCCAGCAGAACCGCUCCCUCUCAUCGCAGAGUUACAGCCCUGCUCGCAUGUCAGGGGUCCGCACUGUUAACACCAUCGACACCCUCUCCUACAACAUGCCCGGGGAACACAAAUCCCACACCUACACCAAUGGAUUCGAUGCAGGACACAUUCAGGACUGCCUGGAGUUUGCAGACGAGGACCCCUCGGCUCACACCUGGCUCAACCAAGACAAAACCAAAGGGCGGAGCUCUGGAGGCCCUUUGUACUGCUUUCAGCAGCGUCGCUGCAAGAGGGAGAACUGCUCCUUCUAUGGCCGGCCAGAGACAGACAACUACUGCUCCUACUGUUACAGAGAGGAGCUGAAACGCAGGGAGAGGGAGAACAAAGUGCACAGGCCUGCAUAGCCACCAUCGCCACUUCAGCUGGUCCAGACUAAGGCCACAGGAGACUAAAGAAACAACACCAUCUGCACUCUGCAUUUAGCAUAACAUAAUGGCAUACAUUUUCCUACUCUGUUUAAGAAUGCUCUUCUUGUAUCCCUGUCACCCCUCCCUUGUUAGUAAAAAAUACUACUUUACGAUGGGGGAAGCAGAACUUGAAACAGUGAGCAGCUUUGGCCAGACUUUGUGCUAUUUUUGUGUUUUCUGUCUCAUUGAAUUUAGUCUUUUACUUGUUUUAGAGUAAAAGUCAUCUCUUCAUGUUCUAGGUUUUUUUCUGUAUGUAAGGGAAAGUCCUGUAUUUUUCAUAGUACAAAAGAUCUGUGUCUCAUUUGGGUGGAAUAUUUUGGCUAUUUUAAUCAGUUUGAAUGCAAUACUUCUGCUUAGUUCUUCAAAACGUAUUUGUGGGAAAAAUUGUAGUUGUUUUGCAAUCAAAAGAAAUACAACGGGAGGUAAAUACUAAACUUAAAAGCAAUAAUUUGGUGAUUUUUGUUACACCCUCUCCCAAUUUUGUCUAUGCACCAUUAAUAGUUACUGUACGUUAACUGUGUCUUGUAUAUUGUAAAGAAUUGUCACAGUGUGUUUUGUAAAAGAAUUUGAAGUGCAGGAAUAAAACUGAGUCAACCUUAUGGAUUAUGCCGAAUUAGGAUUUAAUGUAAGCUAUCACGCUUGUAAAACAUACCUUUGAUCUUACCAUGGUGCAAGGGUCUGGUGUGUCAGAAUUUGAGUCAAAAUGUUGUGUAAGAUACGCAAAUUCUUACCCUUAGUCAAACUGCUAAAUAUCACAAGCACUGCCAAACCGGCUUCUCUAAAA